AUGUUCGGUUUACUAAUCGUAUGCUAUCUUCUAUGCGUAGCUGAAUCAGGAGAUCUCUCAGCUGAAAUUGUGGACUGUAAAGGUUCAGCCAUGGCACCAUUCAAACCUGUGCCGCCUCCUUCCGCCUGUAAAAACAAAGAUGAAACUAUAUGCGUUGCAGUUUUCAAUCCUUUGGGCAGUGAUGCCGAAAAUAACGCAAAUCCAGCAAAUACAUACAAGGUUAAUGCAAAUUGUCUAAAUGCCACACUGAAGGCAAAUGCUCUUGCGCUGUGCCCAUCGUCUUGUGCAUUGUGUUGUAUGGCACCUGAAUUCAGUUGCAACAACGCCGUUGGUGCUGAUUGCACGCCUUUCACUGUCAGUUCGGACCUGUGCACAAAUUCACAAACUGCUGCAGCAGCAUUAGCAAACUGCCCUAAAGCCUGCGGUUUAUGUAAUAGACCUGGUGCCGGUGGUCGCUGCCCAAACGCUGUUACAAAUUGUGCAACGCUAUUGCCGGUUUUAACAUGCACAAAUGCAUACAUGCAACAGAAUUGCAUGGAAACAUGCAGGAUCACAACUUGUUUAUCCACAACAGGAGGUGCGUCAUCAUCAUGUAGUGACGUCCGAGCCAACUGUGCGCAAAUGGUAUCGUUCUGCAAUGUACCGCCAUAUUCCGUAGUGAUGAGAGAACAAUGCAGAAGAACAUGUAACAUAUGCCGUUGA